CUCUUCUGCACUCUCCGAUCUCUCCUCUGGCCCCUGGAGUCUUCCGUUACUCAAGUGCCGCUGAGCAGAUUGGAAGAUAUCUUAUUGUUUCAUUAACCUCCGGCAAGAUGCAGCCUGUUGCUCACCAGUCGGGAGGCGCGUCUGGAGAUCCGCUCCCGCCGUCACUGCCGACGGAGGCAAUCGAAGAGAAGGCCAGCGUGUCUAGCUUGGGAUCAUGGAACCAUUUGAUUGCUGGCGCUACCGGUGGAAUGGUCACUGCUAUUGUUACGAGUCCUCUUGACGUUCUCCGCACGCGUUUACAAACCGACUAUUACCAGACGUCAGGCGCGAACCGCUCGAUUCCCACACACGCGCACGUUCGUCAGUCGUUCGUUAAGACUUCUAUCCGCCAUUUCCGGGAGACAUUCGGCAUUCUUUUCUCAAUCCAUCGUGUUGAAGGCUGGCGGGGUAUGUUCAAGGGACUUGGACCCAGCUUGACGGGUGUUGUUCCGGCCAGUGCGGUGAAGUUCUACACAUAUGGCAACUGCAAACGUCUGCUGCCAGAAAUCUUGGGGUGCGACAAGGAUACCACGCUUGUGCAUGCCAUGUCUGCAGCAUGCGCUGGAAUCGCUACUGGAUCGGCCACCAACCCCAUUUGGGUGGUAAAAACUCGUCUUCAGUUGGAUAAGGCCGGUGCUCGCCGGUACAAGAACAGUCUGGAUUGCACCAAGCAGAUUCUGCAACAUGAAGGACCUAAGGGUCUCUACCGAGGUCUGACGGCCAGCUACCUGGGCACAAUCGAAACCACACUGCAUCUGGCCAUGUACGAGCGAAUUAAGGGACUCAUCUCUAAGGAGGUCAAUCUGGAUAAGAACUCGGAUUCGAACAAGUUUGUGCAGGGCCUUGCUCUGAGUGGAGCGUCGGGAUUGUCGAAGCUGUUUGCUUGUUUGAUCGCGUAUCCUCAUGAGGUUAUCCGUACUCGACUUCGACAGGCUCCGAUGGCGGACGGUCGCCAGAAGUAUACGAGCAUCCUCCAGUGCGCGCGGUUGAUCUUGAAGGAAGAGGGAGUGAUCGCGCUGUAUGGAGGAUUGACGGCACACCUGCUCCGCACGGUGCCGUCGGCCGCGAUCACCAUCGGGACCUACGAGCUGGUUCUCAAGGUCCUUGAGGGACGUUAAAAGGAUGUGACGGGCGGCGGCAAGACCCCGCGACUUCCCUUCUCAUGUAUUAUAGACUGUACGAUAAAAGUGGCACAUAGAUACCCUGUAAUAAUGAUGUGAACAGCAGCGACUGCAAUAGGGUCUCGUUUGGCGACAUGGAGUUUGCAUCUCGAUCAGGGAGCUUUGCAUCAUCUGGAACUUGCUUUUCCGGUGACUUUAUCUUAGCG